AUGGCAAAUAGCACCCUUUAUCCUAAUGCAGUAGUGAAAGGUUUGAAGGUAUUAGAUAAAACCCUUUUCAACAAGACUGUUAAAGUUCCAUGUUUGAAAGUAGAUAAAGAUGCAGUCUCUAAAGCGGUACCUAUUUUGAAGAAGUAUCUGCUGAAAUUGGAACACUUCAAAGCAGUUCAACCGAGUGAUUCCAAUAUACUGAUAUACUUGAAUCCUGAUGUUGUGAGUGAAUGGAAAUUCAUAUCUACAGAGGAUGUGAAAGCGUUAUCAUCCUUGGGCAUAUCCAAUCAUGAUUUCCUUUCAAGAGACUUAAACAUAACUUAUGACAAUUAUUCUCAUGAAACUAUAUUAAAGGCAGUUCUGCCAGAUGAUAUCGAUGGAUUUUCUAGUUUUACAAAAGUUGGACAUAUUCUCCACGUCAACCUUAAAAAUCAUUUACUUCCUUAUAAGAAGUUGAUUGGUGAAGUACUUUUAGAGAAAAUCAAAAAUUGCAAAAGUGUUGUGAAUAAACUAGAUAUGAUAGAUAAUACCUAUAGAAAUUUUCAAAUGGAAAUACUUUGUGGAGAAAAUAGUAUGCAAACUGCUGUUAAAGAAAACAAUUGUGUGUUUGAAUUUGAUUUCUCAACAGUUUAUUGGAAUUCUAGACUAUCAACUGAGCAUGAAAGAAUUGUAAAAAAAAUUGAUAGUGGGGAUGUGUUCAUCGACAUUUUUGCAGGAGUCGGUCCUUUUUCUGUUCCAAUUGCUAAAAAAAAAGGUUAUGUCUAUGCCAAUGAUUUGAAUCCAGAGUCUUUCAAAUGGUUGAAUCAUAAUAUGGAAAAGAAUAAGGUGAAAAAGGAAUAUGUAAAAACAUUCAAUAAAGAUGGAAGAGAAUUUAUCAGAACAAAUGUUAAGGAUGUGCUACUACAGCAUCUGAACAAACGUAAUAUUUUUAUAGCAAUGAAUUUACCCGCAUUAGCAGUUGAAUUCAUUGAAUGUUUUCUUGGGCUUCUAGCUGAUAACGAAAUGGAAAUUUCGAAUACUCCAAUUGUAUUUGUAUAUUGUUUCGCUAAAGGAUCAGAAACAAAUACAGAUUAUUGUGCUAUUGCAAAAAAUUUACUAUUGGAACAAAUUGAUUUAGACAUAAGUGAUAACAUAGUGGAUAUGUUUGAAGUGCGAACUGUGAAAAUGGGGAAGAAAAACAAUAAGGUGGCAAAAGUUGCUGGAGCCAAGACUUCAAAAGCCAAAAACCAGCUGCCUAAAGCAAAAGGUCAAGGUUUAAAAGUUAAGGGCAAACCAGCUAAAGUGAAGGGGCAGUUGAAAAAGGAUAUCAUUUCAAACAAAAUGAAAAUUGAAGAACUUAACAAGCAAUUCAAGGAUUUGAGGAAUGUUAAAGGACAACAACAAGAAAAGAAAAAAGUCAAGCAUUCUGAUUUGACAACAGUUAAAAGGAAUGAACCUUUAAAAAUGCCCAACUUGGAAGCUAUGCAAUUAUAA